AUGACCUAUCGAAUACGUAUCUUACAACUAGGUUAUGUUUCAAAGAGAUUCAAUUCCCAUUUUUCCAACAAAUCAUUCGAAGAAUUGAGUUUCAAAGGUCAAAGAAUACGGAGCAAUCAACAAAAUCUAACUAACUCAUAUUUAUCAUUUCGAGAUUAUAUGGAAUGGAAGAAUGCUCCAAGGGUAAUGCAAAAAGGAACCUUUUUUGAUACUACUAUUACAUCUCAAAAUAAUUCGAAAGAAUCGUUGUUAAAUUAUGAUCCUCUUUUCAGUCAUUGUCUGGCAAAAUGGCUUUGGGUUCAAUAUAAAUUGAAUGAUUAUCCAUAUUAUGAUCUUAAUAUUCUGAAUAUAUAUACAAAUUUACCACAAGAUUUUGAGAUAUGUAAGAAUAUAAUGACAUACUAUUCUAAAAUAUUUUCAACACAAGAUUUUGAUAGAAUCAAACUGUACAUGGUCCCGCUAUUUGAUGAUUUUUACGAUAAUAAGGCGGCAUUAUUGAGUAAAAAUAAAAUGGGUAACAUUCCUGGACAUGUUAUAUUUGGUGAUGAGAUACCGUUUCAUCUAAGAAAUCCGUUAUCUUUCGGGAAACAAUCGAAUCCCUCGUUUUUAAUUGAAGAUCCAGUAUAUAUUUUGUUUAUGAAUGAUGUGAUUAAGUACUCAGGGCAUGAUUUAAUUAAGUAUUCCUCCAGGUUGAAGGCGUGGGAACAAUGUUAUAUUAAUAUCGACUCCAAUGGGAAUAUAAUAAAAAGAUUCGAUACAAAUUUAGAUUAUUGGUGCAAAGAUACUUUGGAAAGUAUAUUUAAUGAUAAUCAUAGUAUUGGCAUGGAUAAAGAAAUGUAUAUUCCAACUAGUUUAGUUCAGUUUUUCAAAUUUAUUCAUGAAAAUAUUCCAGAACAUCGUCUAUUUGCUAUUGAUAUUCCAAAGCGAUGGAACCCCACUUUGUUGAAUAUGUUAAAAUAUUUUUCUGGAAUUUAUAAGGCACCGAAUUCUAGUCAGGUUAUGGAAUAUAAUAAUAAUAAUAAUAUUUGUUACGGUCCUUUGAUUAGUCACGGGGGAAAUUCUGAAAGAAGUCCAAUUGAGUUUGCUGUUGAAUUUUUACAAUUACAAGAAUUGUAUCAGGAUACCAAUACUAUCGGUAAUGGAUUGAGAACUGUUCAGUUGGAAAGUCUAGAUGACUUCAUCAAUAAAUGGCUGAAUGUAGAUAUACAAGAUACAUCUUACCCUUUAGAACAAGGUAUUGAUCUCCAAAUACUUGACAAACAAUUGAAAAUGAUUAAGCAUAGUAAACUUGGUCUUUUAUAUUCCUAG